AUGACGACACAGGACCGAGCAAAUAUCUUUUCCGAUGAUGACGAGGACUUGCGGCCUCGACAACAGAGUCUUGGAGGCGUUCUUAAAAGAGAGGGGAAUUGGAAAUGCUUCUUGCUCACUCUUAUGAUUGCUGGGUGUCUCGGCUCUGUGACUUGGUGCAGCACAGUCGAGAUCGACCGUGAGCUAAUCGACCUUAAUAAAUUCCCUAUAAAAAGGACAGUACGUGAGUCGCCUUGUGACGUCGGUUAUGCAUAUAUACCAAUGGCUUUCGUUCUUCUUCUCUACUUAGUGUAUUUGGUUGAAUGUUACCACAGUACUGCCAGGAUCCAAUUAGCAAGAAGAGUAGAUGUUGCUGCAGUAAGCGCUAGAGUACAUGCUAUGAGGAACGCUACACCUAGAGUAUGGUGGAAGGCGAUAUGCUACCAUUACGUACGACGCAAGAGGCAGGUUACGCGAUAUCGAAACGGAGACGCCUACACUACCACACAGGUAUAUUAUGAACGAGUGAAUACACAUAGUGCAAGCACUUCAUUCGCACACGCCUGUUGCGGUCAACGUGACGCUUCCAGGAAUUUAGUGCUAGACUCUAAAACGCCAAUUACUAAAGUCAGAUUCAGUAAAGGAUUUGCGUUUGCCAAUAUCGAAGCCGCCAGCGAAUUUGAGGAUCAAAGAUCAAGGUUUUUUGCUGAACAUGAACGUUUUGAUGACUUCAUGGAAAUGAGAGAAGGCCUAGAUCUUAUAGGAGUCAGCUCGUUCAAAGAAUAUAUGGUAGCAUAUAGAGAAGCUGAUCGAUGCCCUUGGUAUUCAUCGCAAAUAUUAUUUUGGACUUUGUCAUGUUUACUACUUUCUUGGCCUCUCCGGAUUGUUAUAGAGUGUAACACAGCUUAUGUCCAUUAUACGAUUACUAAAAUAUUUGGUACAAAUUACGAACUAGAUCCAAGUCGCCAACUUGAUUUAGACACACAUUUAUCGGACACAUUACCGCCAGUUCCUCCCUCAAAUUAUGCGUGGAAUCUUGCUGAUGAGCAAAGUGCAGUACUAUGUUCCGCACCCCGUCCACCUCGGACUCUUCCUUUAUCUCACGCGUCAACUGUAGAUAGUCUUGAAUUGUUUGCUGCAAUCCGAGGUAAUUGUGCCUUAGUGCCUUCUUACUCAGAAGCGAUGCGAAUUGAUGCCGCCCUAAAUGAAGAUCCAGCUGAAAUAACAUCAAACACUGGGGUUCUGAUUGACAUCGAAUCUGAACAAAGACAUAAUAGGCCGACUGUAAAAGCUGCAUCUUUUGAUGAACCCCCACGACGGCCAAAAGUUGUUAUAGCAAGCACACAUUCUAGUAGUAACAUUGCUGCAGGCACUAGAUAUAACGAAAAUAAACAACAAAACAGACGGUCUUGGGCUGGAGUUUUGACAACGACUAGAAGUGCACGGCAAAUCUUAGAAGAUUUUACAAGCAAUUCUUCAGCUAAUUAUCAAAUUAUGCCAGAGCGCCAAGUAGUCAGAAACGGGGAAAGCACUUUAUACUUUUCUAGAGAAUUAUCACCCACUUGCUCGCGAGAUCCUUUCGGAGGUCGAGCACAAACAACGCCUACAGAUGAGCCUCCACCUUAUGAAGAAGCGUUGAAACUUCCAGUUUUACGAAGACUCACGAGAUCAAUAACAGGUACAGAAUUAGCAGGACCCAGAAGAGCAUUUCUUAGGGACGUGAUUGCAAAUAGAAGGUCGUGUUUGGACGGUGUUGGGGUGUUGACAGGGGCUAAAAUAAUAAGACUACCUAAUUGUGAACCUGGGGAAGAAACGCCUCUAUAG